AUGCAACAAAUUCAAGCAUUACCUCCCCAGUUUUUCUAAACCUUAAAAAUCUAAACUAUCCUGGGUUAAGGCCAUGAUGCUAAAGUUCUUCUAGCACUAGAAACCAAAGACACCGGAAACCAAUAUUACGCCUUGAAGUGCCAAGCCCAAAAAAUAUAAGACACCGCCAUAAACUUAUUCAAUGAAAUACAAAUUCUCAUCCACAUCAAGCAUCCGCAUAUAAUUGAACUAUUCGGUUACAGCCAAGAUUACACAUGUCUGGUCCUUCAAUAUUGUCCGCAUGGCACCUUAAUUUAAUUGAUCAAAUCCUCUCCACUUCCAGUUAGCAUUGCAUCCUCCCUUCUAUACUAAGUAACUCUGGCUCUAAAUUACAUGCAUGAAUAAGGAUUUACCCAUGGGGAUCUUAAAUUAUCGAAUAUUCUCAUAGACAGUUAAUACAACCUUAAAUUAUGUGAUUUUGGUUUUGCAAGGUGGAAUGGCAAAAUGGCAAUUGAAAAAUAAACUAUUGCCGGCAGCGAAGGAUACACUGCGCCAGAAGUAUGGAAACCAAAUCCUAAUUAUAUGAAGACUGACAUGUUUUCAGUUGCUGUUAUAUUUUUCAUUUUAAUCACUGGACACCCACCAUUCGAAUCCAAUAAUCCAGACAAUCAUGAUCCAUGGUGGAAUUUAAUUAAAAAUAAUUAAUGGGACACUUAUUGGAAGGAUAUCAAAACCAACAUAGAUCAAGAAUGCAAAAAUUUGUUUGUUUAAAUGUUCAGUACCCAACCAGAUGAAAGAUUAAGCGCAAAUCAUUUAAACUAAUGGUUUAAAUUAAAAUAAACUACUCAAGAGAAUUUGAUUCAAGAAAUCAAAAAAAGGUUAGCUGAGAUGUGA